AUGAAGGUUGGAUCGUUCGAAGAACGAUCCAAACUUCCAUUGUCCAAGGCGGUGCGGCUGAUGUACGCAUGGGCCUCGCGCAAUCCGGUUACGGUCGCCGCUCGCGAGACGGAAGUCUCAAAAGUUGCCGCGAUUGACAUUUAUAAUUUUUGUCGAGGCAUUUGCUCUAACGAGAUGCUCGGUCGUUGA